ACUAGCGACGCAACUCAAAUCCCUGUUUGUAAAUGUUCCGCCGGUUUUACUGGUUCUCGCUGUCAAUACGCUACAUACUAUUACAUCGCCAUGGCAAUCGUUCUCUUUAUCCUAUUCAUAUGUGCAGGGUUAGCCAUCAUUUCUUACAUUAGAAAACAGAGAAAGAAACGGGAAAAUGCGCUUCAAGAUGAGAUAAGACAAUUACACGAAGUGUGGCAAAUUGGCUGGGAAGAGUUGAAAACACAAGAAAGGAUUGGAGAAGGAGUAGCGGGUAGAGUAUGUAAAGCUCGCUACCGCGACAUCAUAGUUGCUGUCAAGAUACUGCGAGACGAACAUGAUCCGCGGAUGUUCUCAGUAUUUGCAAAGGAGAUAAAGUUUAUGCAAACAAUGCGACAUCCAAAUAUUGUACUAUUUAUAGGAGCGGGUAGAACGAGUGUUCAUGGACAGCCGUUUUUAGUUCUUGAAUACGCCAAACGUGGAUCAAUGCGGCAAGUAUUAGAUGACUCUAGCAUUGAGCUCUCGGACCAACGUAAGACUCAGUUUGCUCUAGAUGCUGCAAAAGGAAUGGAGUUUCUUCACAGUUUGUGCCCACCGAGAAUUCAUCGCGACUUGAAGAGUGAUAAUCUUUUAGUGAGUGAUACCUGGGUCGUGAAGGUCGCCGAUUUUGGUCUUGGAAAACCAUUCGAGGAACGCAGUCGCGUUCAGAGAUGGAUAAAUGUAAUUUUUAAUAAGAGGUCACUCACGGAGCCACUACUCGAAACAAGUGGAGCAUACAGUAAUGGCAUUGGUACAGCGAGAUGGCGCGCUCCCGAAGUCAUCCGACGCCAAACAAAGUAUGAUAGUUCUAUUGACGUGUACAGCUUUGGAAUUGUUUUGUGGGAAAUAUGGACUCGUCAACUUCCUUUCUUUCAGUACAAGUUUUUUCAUGACGUCGAUGAUGCUGUUGAACGAGGAGAACGUCCUCAACUUGCGCAAGACUGUCCCAACAAUUAUCUAAACGCAAUGCAAGCUUGCUGGUCAUCUGAUCCGCUUUCAAGACCUUCUUUCAAGGAAAUUGUCAAUAUCCUAGAUGACAUGCACAAAACUCUUUCUCAAUAAGCUAUGGUGACUUUAGCCUUUAUGCUUACUGUAGUAGCGGUAAAAUGACAAUGGUAGCUUACAUCAGGUGUUCGUCUCUAGAUAUAUCUAGAGAUACAUCUAUAGUUAUCUAGAAAUGCUUCGGUAGUCGAAUUUCUUUAGUCGAUUCUGUAGCUAACUUAAUUAGAUAUAUAGUGAAGCUGCGCUGACAACACUGGUAAGUGUAUCAAGACAAA